AUGCGCUUUGGCCUGCUCGCGGGCACGGAUACACUGGAGUCGCUCACCUCUCUUUACCUGGGCCUGGCCGUGAGCUUCACGCUCAAUGGGCAGCAGCCGGAGUACCCCAGCCUCUUUUGUUCGCUGUGUGGCAACCUCGCGGGCACCGUCAUCGCGUUCCCGCUCUCCAUCCUCACCUGGCAGCUCCACACCGACAACUGGAGAGGCUGGGGCAGCCUGGUGCCGUUCACCAGCCUCGGCAGGCUCCACUGGCGUGCCCUGCCGGCCAAGUAUUUCGACUCCCUGGCCCUGAACGUACUCAGGGCGCGGAUGGGCGAGGUGAUGACCUCGGUGACGGGCGUCGGUUGCGAACCGCUGGGGUGGCUCGCCAGCGACAUCAAGAACCACCAAGACGACCCUGACCUCUACGACGUCCAUCGGUCCACAGCCAGCGUGAUCGUAGACCGCGCUCGGCUUUGGGCCAUCGGCAGGGUCGGCUCCUGGCUCUCCGGCCUUGUCCUUGUGGGCAUGCAGGUGCCGGCGGCGAUCGUGUGCCAUCGCAUGUUGGCCGAGCCGGGCCGCUUUGGGUCGGUGGUGGAGUGCGUGCGGCACAUCUGGGCGAGCGAAGGCCUGAGCGGCUUCUACCGCGACCUGCCCCUCUUCAGCCUCCUGAUCCUCAACGAGCUCAUGUGA